GAUGCAGCCGGCUCUGCUGUAUCGCACACAGGAGACCGCGGCACAGCUGCAGCAGCAGGGAUACCACCAGCAGCCUGCGCACAGAGCGAAUGCGUGCGACUUCUCCUGCCCCCUGUGCGGGAAGGAGUUCCACGGCGUGAGACAGAGACGCAACCUGAAGCGUCACCUGAUGAUCCACUGGGGGGAAAAGCCCUUUCACUGCCCCUUCUGUCCGCACCGAUCCAACCAGAAGAGCAACCUAAAGACGCACAUCCUGAAGGCGCACCACGUCCAGAUCGCGGCGCACGGCGAGCCCAAGGGACAGGCGGACCAGAUCCGGGCCAAGCUGGCCGACUAGGCGGAGGGCGGGCUCGAGGGAGAGAUCUGGAGGGAGAGGGCGCGAUGGGGAGGUCAGGAGGGAAAGGCUUGGAGGGAGAGGUCUCGAGGGGGAAAUAGAGGGAGGUCGGGGGUCGAUCGGGCGCCGUCUUCGUGGGAGAUUCUACGGGAUUUUUUUAUUUCUCGUUUUUUAAGGGAAUCUUAGCGGUGGUUCUUUUUUUAGUGAGCAUUUUGGGCUUUUACUUGUUAUUAUUUUUUGAUUAGUCAAUUAGCUGUGAAACUGUCGAUGCCACAGUGAUUGAUAUCUUGUGGUUGAUUAGAGGCAAUGAAGCAUCCUUGUGAUUUCUGGGCCUGUUAGUUUUUUAAGGACUUUUUGUUCUCUUUGUUUUUGUCUGAUUUUUGGCUUUGAAUGAUAUAUCACCUGUGUGGCUGUGGAUGAGAGCAGUUGGAAGGAAGGCCGAGUGGCGAGGUAAUCAAGGGAGAGGAAAGGGUGUAGGCUUGUUUACUUGUGUUGCCAAGUAGUAGUUUCCCGUAUGCUAGCCUGUUGUUUUGAGGAAGCUAAGUAGCAUGGUAGCAGAGUGACCGCGGACCUGGGCGGCUCGACUAAAAGGGAGCCUUGUUUUACAGACUCCGGCGGCCCAACACCUUGCGCUCCCACCCCAGCCCCACCAAGCGCUGCAGGCGUACCCGGCCCGCCCCGCCACGCCCUCCGCCCUGCUCGCCUCGGCGCAGGACGACGGCGGCGCGGUCCACUGCCGCUUCUGCGGCAAGGCCUUUCACGGCAGAUAUGCCAAGUACAACCUCAAGCGGCACCUCAUGAUCCACCGUGGCGAGAAGCCCUUCGUGUGCCCGUAUUGCCCGCACCGCGCGAACCAGAAGGGCAACCUCAAGUACCACAUUUUGUCGGUGCACCCCGGGCGGGCCGCCGCACAGGGGGCCCCCGCCGACCAGGCCGACCUCGGCCCCAAGCACGAGAAUUUCGCUUCCAGUUAGGCCUGUGGCUCUUGUUGACCUGAUGCUUAACUCUGCCAGUUUUAUUUUAUUUUCAUUUUCUGAAUUUAUUUUUAUGUUGUGUAUGUGACCUUCCCUGGUCUUGUGUGACUAAGUGGAGAGCAAGUAGGCUGUGUGGAUGCUGUGUGCAGCCGCCGCUGUGUUGGAGACGGGCACUUAGCACUGUGUCGUUGCAGGGGUCAGGAGGGGUGAGCAGCGGCGAUGAUAGCCAGGCCGCCCACGCCGCCCCCUUGUGCCAGGCGUGCGGCCGAUACUUCACCUGCCGCGCCUCCCUCCGCCGCCACCUGUGGAUCCACACGGGGGUCAAGCCGCACGCGUGCCUCCACUGCUCCUUCUCCUGCAACCGCAGGAGCAACCUGGAGCGCCACGUCAAGCGACACCACAGCUCCUCGGUGUCCGACGGAGCCGCCGACGGCGCCGAGCCCAGUCUGCGCUCGUCCACCGCGGCGCUGUAGGGGCUGCGGCCGCGAGGACGGGCGACUGGCGGCGGCGGCGGUCCCUGCAGGAUGAAAGGUGGUGUUGGUGUGCUUUUGCGUUGGACAGAGAAGGGUCACGGCACUACUGCUGCUGAUGUUCCCUAAAUGAUGGCUAGGUCAGAGGGAAUUGUUGCCGUGGGUCAUGCCAAAUAGUGGAAAGAAGCAAUGUCUUACAGACAUGCUAUGUGGACCCGAGAAAGCAAAGCAGAGACAAAGGCAAAAAAUGAACGAAGUCAUAUGUUACUGUUAGACUGUGCCUGUGCAUGCAGUGAGGAGGAAGGGUCUCAGGAGCAAACAGACGAGGUAGAUGAGGGUGUAGAGUGAGCACUGCGUUUUGGUUUGCAGAGGCUCGAGGCGGACGUGGCCAGGGCACAUAUAGCAGCAGGGACGGCGGUAGUUGCGGCGGCGGCGGCGGUAGGCAUAGGCGGUCUGGCUGGCGCCGAGGCGGUCACCGCAGACGGCAGGCACCAGUGCAGGCUGUGCGGAAGGAUG